AUGGUGUUAUGUGCAACCAAUAACUCACGUGCCCAUUCCUCUUUUCUCCCCUACGACCAUGACGACUACGACGAUGGUGAUGUCUGUCGAUACGAGGUGCCUACGAGUAUGCCGCGCGGUGUUGUAGUAUCCGCAACGCAACCGAUUUCUCUCAGGUCUCCCUAUUCUACGGACGAUGACUUGGCCGACUCGCCUCCGAUGGAGCGACUUUACUCUCCGCUCUCUUCGUCGGCGGAGUCAAUAAGCUCCAUCAAAUCGAGUUCGUCGUCGCGGUCUUCGGCCGAACGCGAGAUUGAGCGACAGCAGCGUCGGCAGUUGCUCGAUGCCAGCCUGCUCAAGAUGCGCGCCUCUAACAACUUGCCUCUGCGGAAGCAUCUGCUCGUGUACAACACCGUCAAACAGCUCCAGCGCGAUCUGGAUCUGCUCGACGACGAGGAGCUCUACUGCAACUUGAUGGGCGAAGGCUGCGGCGAACGCAUGGAUGUGGACGAGCGCCGUUGGCCGUCAUUCGUCGGCGGUUCACCGUCAGUGGCAAUGACGACAUCUACAUUGCCAUUGACGUCUUCUGACGGUGUCGUGUCGGCGGCGACGGCUGCGGUCACUUCUGCGACAGCGACGGUUGCACCUCCGCAGCUAGAGGAGCGCCGCGUAGCUGAGGAGGCCACUUCUCUUAUUUCUGAUGAUCUCGACAUGGACGUGUGUCAGCAGAUGCCCCAGCAACAACAGCAGGCGGUGCCGACCUGGUCGUGGACGACAACGGACAACAGCACUUCGGCGCAUAGUGCGCCUAAAUGCGAAGACGCCACAGCCAGCUCGGACUUCCACUUGUUCGAAUCUAUCCAGGAUGCCCUGGGCGAGUCGUUUGCAGGCUGGAGUUGGGCGACGAAUGAGGCGAACAACAGUUACAGCUCAGAUGUUUGGUGGUCUGGCGGCUCGGGCGCGUCGGCGCCGUUUGGCGCAACAUCGCGCCUCGAUUCGCUAUGGGGAGUUGGAGCCGACCCGUGCUCCUCCAAGCGUAGUCGCCGUCAUUCACACGCAAUGCUCUCGCUCACACCACGCGGAGUGUGUGUGAAUGCUCUCCAUCAACAACAACAGCUAUCUGCAACCCACUCACUCCUCGCCCGCUGCAGGUGUUGGGGGCGGAGCUGUCCCACCCCACCCGGACGCGGCCCCCGUGCUCCCGAAUACUGUAGUCUUGUCAUGUCACCCUCACAAGAGUGCCCUGGCUCACUAGUGUAUCUCCGUAGCCAAACUCAAUGA